AUGGGCGUGAAUUCCCGCCGUCCUUUGUUACCUGCACCAACCGAAUCAAUCGUCGAUACUACGGGAAGCAGCCUAACAACCACCGACAUGGCCACCGACGUUUCUCGACGAACCGACAAAUCGUCUUAUUCUCUACCAGACGAUGGCAGUCCCAUCACCAUUUCUACUCGACGCCGCUCGUCAAAGAAAGAUGAUGAUGACUCGUCAAAGCUCUCGCGGACAUCCCAUCAGUCGCAAACUUCGCUUCUUAUCGAGUAUUUUGAGCGUGAGAAGAAUGGCUCGAAACUCCACUCAAGACCAAGCGUCAGGGUGAAAGUGAUUCCGUCCGGUAGGAAGAAUAGAGAGCAUGGCGACACUAUUCAGAUACGCGAGGGCGGGAGCAGCAAGCGACCACACUACACGAGACGCAUCUCUGUCAGCACUCCAUCGAGACAAAAAACCAUCGCUGAAACCAACGACGAUCAAAGCGUCACUGAUGACGAGCAAGGCAACCAGCCUCUUGAGAUUGAAUUUCUAGAUCGCGGAAAUGGAAGCGACCUUUCUAAUGAGCGCUAUAUUCAGCCUACCUCCGAAAUAUCAUCAAUGCCGGCAGACAGCAUGCUUGAUGGCUCUAAUGUUUCUGGUGUACCUCGUCGCAAGCGGAGCCAGAGUCUAGACAAAGCCCGAGGCACGUCCGAAGCCGACCUUCUCAAGGCACCUUCAAGACGAAGGAGUCGAAGCCUGAGCCGCGAGCGUAUCGCUUACAGAGUGGCUCAGAAGCUGAAUGCUGGCGAUGGAGCUCGCAACACCAAAGAGCUUCUCGGUGCUGAGUCGAAGCCUCUGAAAAAACGCUCCCAUAAGUAUGAAGAUGAAGAGCAGCCUAGCGUUGAAUCUAGCCUGCUCAGUGGUUCGAAUGUCUCAUCCCGUCACAAGUCCGGCGACGCUCUAUCUUUCCGCUCUAACACAUCCAAGUCAUCGUUGAACAAUACCAAGUUCCUCGAAACCGUUGAAGACGCCAUUCGGCGUCUGAUCCUCCCCGAACUGAAAGAACUCAAGAAGGAUCAAAAAGUCAGCGACAACAAAUUAAAGUUCGAACGCGACACGAUCGAGUCUGGGAGCGGUGUCAACUCGAAGGAUGUGCCCAAGCGACAGCUUUCAAAGCAUUCGAGCGCACCGGAUGUUAGCAAGAGCUCCCUCUUCGUGGCGAGCCCCGAAAAAGAAGAGGCGGUCACCCCUGAAGAGCGCCGACGACGCCACAAAGAGCGACGUCGGGAGAAGGAGAGGGAAACAGGAACGGCGUCUCCAGAAGACAAAAUUCGAAUUCGUAAGGGCUCGCUUCCUGGGAACCAGCGUGAAUUCACCGAGGAGGAGAAGUUACGACGCCAGAGGAGUAAAGGUCUCAGGGAUGCCGCUGCCGCAGGUAUUGUCGGAAGUGCACUUACGGCUGCCGCUCUGAAGCACCAUGAUUCAAAGUCCAGCCUGGGUAAAAAGCCUAGGAAACGCAAGUCCAAGAGUCACAGUAGCUUGGCAAGUAUCAAUGACACCGACACAGAACUGGUUUUUCAAAAACAUAAUGUACCACCAAUGCCAUUCCGGAGUGACAUCGAUACCGAGCUCACUCGCGACUCUUUGCUUUCACAGAGAACCUCUGAUAGUGCGGACACAGAAACGCCAACGCCCCGCCAGAUUAAAGAGGUCAUUCGAGGAUCUCCACGUGAUCUGGCUUCUCCCAGCCCUGGCACACCGCUUGGUAGUCACAGGGAACUGUCUUCUAGGCAAAGCGACCGCAGUGGUCAUGAAGUUGAUGAGAAAGCUGACUUUGGAGAUGACGACGUCUUUCUCGAGGGGGCUGGCGGCGCCAUCGCAGCAGCUGCAGCUGGAAAUCUGCUUGGACAUCACCCAGAUCAUGACAUGCUAGGUCCAGAGGAGGAUAUUCACCACCCACGUGCUUUGAGUCCCAUUCAAAGCGUAGCUAGUGAUCAUGACUUGCAUCAAACUCAGCAGGAAGAAGUGUACCAGGAUAAGGAAGCAGACGACCGAAGAUAUUCCAUUCAGUCCUUGUCUUCUGCGCCUAGUACCGAACUGGCCAGGUCAACGCGUCCUGAGGGUAUCAGCUUCGAGAGUCGAAGUGAGAUAUUGAAACAGCAUGACGAGGCUCCUACUGAACUUGGCUACGAAACGGACCGAAACAUUGAAAGCGAAAACGGGAAAGAAUGGAAUGAGACUUCCUCAUACGCAGGCCAUGACGAUGACUUCCACGAUGAGAAUCUCAAGGCUGACACUAACUACAAUGCUGUCCAUGUCAAUACCUAUGACAAUUAUGACGAUACUCCAAGGGAACUCAAUGAAGGAGCUGCAGUCAAUCCAAAGUUUGUAACUCCCGUUGCAGUGGAAUCCGCAGUGGCCUCUUUGUUGGAGCCUUCUGUGAUGGAUACCAGAUCUGGUCUUUCCCAAGCUCGCUCGCAGGCAGAUUCUCUGAAUCGGUCUGUGAAUGGAAGCAAUGUUGAAGAAGUUCAUGAGCAGAGUCAAGCUGAAGGCUCUCGCCGAGGAAGUCCUCUGAAGCAUGAAUAUGAUCUUCACAAUCAUGACGAGAAGUCGUUCACCAAGCGUCUAGGCGCAGCAUCACCGCCUCAAAGUGUCACUCAAUCAGACGAAGAUGUUAGCGAGCAAGAAGAAAGAUUCCCUCUCGAUAGUACUAUCGUAGACAACAAUCGGGAUAUUCACCUAGAGGAGGCACAGUAUGAGGAAGAAGAAUCAGAGAUCAACACCAACCCUUCAAUCAUCCAGGGCCCGAUUGGUAGUGUUCCUCAUGGCAGUAGGGAUCACUGGCCUUACAGCGCCACCCCACCACAGGUCAGAGACCUCCAGUCUUCGCCUCAACAUGACCUGAACCCAGCUGCAGCUGCAGCAAUCGGCGGGGGUUUAGGAGCAGGCCUGGGCUUAUCCGCCGCAGAACACGGUAUCGGGUAUGAUCAGACAUAUGGCCAAGGUUAUAUGAGUGGUCGUAUGUAUUCAACACCGCCAGGGGCCAAGGACGAGGGUUAUAUCUCGGCAGCAAACCCGAUGUCUCCAAGUAACGGGACACCAGAGCCACGCAAUAAAUUCAGCACACUUGACCAUGCCAACCCGCCUCUUCUCUUCGACAAUAGGGACCUCGAAGACGAUCCCUUUGUUGGAUCUGGUCAUCAACGCCACUUCAGCGGUUAUUCUCACGGCAUGGCUUCUCCCAUCUACGACAGUGCCACAGGUCGGGGCCUUGACAGUAUUGAAUCAAAGGAUAUCAUUGCUUUGAUGAAUCACCUCACCGUGAGAGAUGCUCAGCGCAAUGCUAGAGAUACCGAGAUCUUGGUAACCCUAGUUCGCAGCGCAGCUGAAAUGCGAAGUUCGUUCUUGGAAAUGAAGAAAUUCAUUGCUGAGCAGGAUGAACUACUCAUGGAGGCAAACGAAAAGCAGCACGAACGUACUCGGGCUAUUGGUGGUCCACGUCCACUUCCCGCUUCAAGGUCUAACCGCCAACUAGCUGCAGCUGACUACGGCGAGGAGGUACAAGCAAAACGCAGAAACGUCUUCAGGAGGGCUAUGAAGAGUCUGAGCCUGAAGUCUUCCAAUGACCUGACGAAGAUUGAAGACAUGCUUGAACAACUUCUCGACGAAGUGGAAGCUCUACGAAAUGCUCAAGAAGGUCGAAGCGUCGGGACAGCACCGGCGACGAAUGCCGCCAGUCUCAAUUCAAACAUCAAUGGAGGGGCUUAUCCAGAUGGAUACGAACCUGAAGGUUUAGCAGGCACUGGAUCUCCUGACGGACAGUCUGGAUACACGUCGAAUUCUUCUCGACCCCUAGCCGACAGUCGACCAAUGAAUACACGACGACCAUCAGGAAACCGGAUUAGUACUGUGCUUGAAGGCGACGAAGAAAUUGAUACAUAUGAGCAACCGCUCUUGGAAAGAGAAGUUCCAUAUGAUGACCGUGUUGCCGAUCAGCGAAGUGUGCCUGAACACCUUGGCACACCACCUCGAAAGCCAGUGCCUACUAGUUCAGGUAGCCAGGAGACCACUCCGCGAAAAUCAGAUGAGAAAGCACGGAAACACAAAUCUAACAGCUCGUCCUUUUUCAAAAUCUCACGAUGGUCCAAGACAACUGCCUCCUCUGUUGGUGAAGGUAUUCGCAACAGCAUGCAGACUGGUCGGAAGGAGCGUCCAUCGUCAGAGAUGUCGCGCUCCGGCUCAGAUCUAGCCAAGCAAGAUCAUUACAAUACGGGCGACUUUUACGACCCGCUCGGCGAUGAUCGGCUUCGAUCCACGUACACGCUGGAUGAAGGACAACAAGACAAUCGUCCUCCGUCUCCACUUGUUCCUUCUCAAGUCUCCGAGGGACCAAAAUACAAAGCACACCGGGACAGCCUUAAUUUGCAACACCCGCAACCACAGAAAGGACCAACGGAUCGGUACCAAACACACCUGGAAUCUCAAGCCCAAGACUAUGCGCCAAACUCACCCUCUUCGGAGAGAUGGGGAUCACAAUCCAGUCUUCCUCAUUAUAGCGCCAAUGCGACAAACAGAUAUAGCAGUGGCAAUGCUCGACUGACUCCAAUCUCAGAUGCGGGUUACUCCGAAGUGAGCUCCUCGAGGGGCCCACCUCGUCCACCAAAGAUCAAAGAUGCAGGACCAUUGGUUCCUCAACGACCCCCUAAAAUCAAGGAAGACGGCAGCGGGUCUCCGCAUACUGAUCGAUUCUCUGCUCGAAAUAAUCGUGGAAGUGCAUCCCCUGUCAACCAGCCACCUACUCGAAAACCUACUGGACCCAGGCCGAUUACUAGUUCUGGACAGUACAGUCCUGGAAACAUCAAGCGUCAUCAGUAUCGCGGAAGUCCCAACAAGAUCGAUUACGACGAUGAAUAUUGAUUUUUGGCAUGAUUCUCUAGGAAACUCUACUUUAUCCAACUUUCGGGUUAUUAUCUGUUGCUAUUUUGCGAGCGAAAGGCUUUAUUAUGUCUAUACCACUCCACACUAUAACUGAUCAUGAACAUAAUAGCAUAUUAUGUCUCUGCAUUAAGCGAGCAUGAAGUUUCUCUUUUCUCCGCUUAAUCAUGACCCCCCCCCUUUUUUUCCCCCUGUCAAUUUUCUUUUCAUUCAUGUCUAUAACGAAACUGAUAAUGUGACCAUGAAGAAAUCUAUGCUCUUUGGUUUGUCUGUUUUUCCUUAGUUUUCAUUGCAUGUAUUUUCUUCUUCCUGCACAUGAUAUCAAAUUAGGAGGGGCUUUUGUUGCUUUUCACUUCGUUCCUACCUAUCCUAUCUAUUAACUAUCAUUGUGAUGGGAAACGGCUUUUCCGAGUCCGGCGAUUAUCAUAGGCGUCAUGUAUUUAGCUCUUUUCAUCAUCGAGAGGUUACG